UAUUCAACAUUGAACCCUAUAUCUCCGAUUCUCCGGUACCAACUAUGUUCAUGUGCCUGCAAAUACAGAUAUACAUACACGCCUGAGUCGCCUGACUGCUUGAUAAGGUAUAUGAAUGUAUAAAUAAAUAUCAGAUUAACAUAUGGACAGUAAUUAUACAGCUGUUCCUCCCAAGGAUGUAUUCGUCGAAUUACAGCUGAAAGACGGAGAUUUUGAAUCCGACAUACCUCAAGAAAACGGGUAUACUAAACAGGUCAACGCGGACGAUCUGGAAUUAGAUGACGACAUUGAUUUAGACAAUUUGCCCCUUAUUUUCAGUGAUGGAAAUAAACCCGGAUCAGGAAUACACGGGGCUGUAUUCAAUCUCACAACAACCAUCGUUGGGGCGGGGAUUAUGGCAUUGCCCGCAGCAAUGAAAGUCCUGGGUUUUGUUUUAGGGUUUGUUCUGAUAAUCCUAAUUGGCAUCUUAUCUGAAACGAGUGUUGAAUUGCUUAUACGUUUCUCUGUUCAGUGCAAUGCGACAUCUUAUGGGGAAGUGGUUCAUGCAGCUUUGGGUAAGACAGCUAGGAUCUUAUCUGAGACUUGUAUAAUUGUUAACAAUGCAGGUGUGUUGGUUGUUUACCUUAUUAUAAUAGGAGAUGUUAUGUCUGGUUCUGUUCACCACAUUGGUGUUCUAGAUCAAUGGUUAGGUCAAGGUUUCUGGGAUCAUAGGAAGUUUGUGGUUUUGAUCUUUUUGAUUUUCUUCCUUGCCCCACUUUGCGCGUUGGACAGGAUUGAUUCUUUGAGCUUAACAUCGGGAGCUUCUGUGGCCCUUGCUGUGAUAUUCGUUAUUGUUUCUAUUGUCAUUGCCUUCGUUAAGCUUGUCGAAGGGACUAUUGAAAUGCCUAGAAUGGCCCCGGAUUUCGGGUCCACAAACGCAAUCUUGGAUUUGUUCGUCGUGAUUCCUAUAAUGUCCAAUGCUUAUGUGUGUCACUUCAAUGUGCUGCCUAUUUAUAAUGAGUUAGAAGAGCGGUCGCCUGAAAAAAUGUAUCGGGUUGGGAGGGUCACAACUGUCAUCUGUGUCCUCGUGUAUGUUUCGACUGCCGUGUCGGGGUAUUUGCUCUUUGGGAAAGAGACCGAAUCGGAUGUAUUGACUAACUUCGAUAAAGACCUUGGGAUACCAUUCAGUGCGGCUCUAACGUACAUUGUCCGCAUGGGGUAUGUCUUCCACUUGAUCCUUGUGUUCCCCGUGAUUCAUUUCUCACUAAGGCAAGCCGUUGACGCGCUAUUGUUUAAGGAUUAUGCUCCGCUCACCGAGAGUAGAAGGAGGUGUUUGGCUUUGACUGUGGUUCUCUUAGGCCUUGUUUAUUUGAGUUCAACGAUGGUUCCUAACAUUUGGACUGUGUUCAAGUUCACAGGAGCCACCACAGCCGUCUCUUUGGGAUUUACCUUUCCGUCACUCGUAGCGCUACAGCUUAGCAAACAAGGGAACAGGUUGAGCAAACGGGAGAGAAAAUUAUGUUGGCUCAUGCUGGUACUGUCCAUUAUGGUGAGCAUUUUGGGAGUGUGUGGCAAUGUUUAUAGCAUCGAGAAGCUAAGCUAGUCACCAUUUCGUUUGUUCAUCAUACAAUAAUAGAAUGGUUGGAGCAGUUAUAAUGUGUUAUUAUCUCCAUAUAUUAUUCUUGUAUUGUUGGAGCAGGUAGUUUUAUUUAUUUAUUGUUGGUUUUUGAUAUAUCCGCUUUGGCUUCUUUUUCCCGCAGCCAAAUGGGUUACCUUGUACAACAAGAUAUUCCAGAGUUGUAAUGCUACCACUGUGGUAGUUUAUCACAAGUUUACUUCUUGGAUUUGCAGGCAUUAUCUAAUCUCUGUUAUAUUUUACGGAGUAUCACUUAAGGGAGGGUUC